AAAUACAACAUUUAACUAAUGCUUGAUUUAUAUAAUGUUCUGAACUGUAAAGGUUUAUGUAACCAUCUUUGCCACAUUCCUGGCUUUGCUGGUGAAGUGAAGGUGUGAGAUGUAAAUCGAUUCAGAGCUGCUGCUUGUUCUCCUAAAAGAGCGACUCAAGGAAAAUCUGAACAGGCAGCAUCCUUUAUUAAGACGAUGAUUUCGAUGGUAGACUGUCCUCUGGUUCCGUUACUGUAUGUUCUGUGUCAGGUUCGUUGGAGGAAGAAGAAGAAGAAGAGAUGUUUGUUCUCAUCUGGGCGACUCUGCUUUUCUCUGUGAGAGUCAGCGAUGCUGAGACAGGUUCUUCAGUGUGGGGGAAACAAAGUUGUCCGUUGACAGAUUACUGUAUCACUCUAGAUGAAGGAGAAAUAACAGCGGAGGCCGGACUCUGUGUCGUGAUACCAUGCUCCUUCACUGUUCCUGAGGAUAUCAAAGUCUUACAUAUAGUUUGGUUUAAAUGUGAAUCGACCAAACAGAGAUGUGGUGGUGGAGACAGGAUUUUCCACAGUAACACCUUCAGCGAUAAGGUUCAGUCGGAGUUUAAAGGACGAGUGUCACUGCUGGAGUCUGAUGUGAGCCAGAAAAACUGCAGCAUCAUCGUCAAUGACCUGAAGGAGUCGGACUCUGGAACAUAUCAACUCAGAGUUAACACUUUACCGAGUUCAGGUUCAUUUUCCAAAUUCUCCCAAAGAGCAACUGUCUCUGUUAAAGGUCUGAGUCAGAGGCCCACAGUGAUGAUUCCACCUCUGACGGAAGGACAGCCGACCACACUGACCUGCACUGCUCCUGGUCUCUGCUCUGGAUCUGAACCUGCAUUCACCUGGAGGUGGCGAGGAAGAGGAGAGAGCGACGCUGACCUCACAGGAAACAUCACGGCCUUCAAAACUGAGAACGUGGCUGAGUUCGCUAAGAGAAGCAGCUCGACUCUGUCCUUCUCCCCUUCAGCUGAACAUCACAGAACCAACAUCACCUGCAUGGUCCUCUUCCAAGGACACGUGAGCACAGAGGAGACGGCGACUCUGAGUGUGAGCUGUGAGUAGAAACUACUUCAUUUCUGAGGGGCUGAUUUUACAACAGGAAACUUUGUGCUUUAACCAAAUUAUAUGACUGUGCAACGUCUGUUUAUCUAUCGUAGAUGUGAAGGAAGUCAGAUUAACCCAAAAUGUGUUAGUGAGGGCGAGACUCUGACUCUGAAGUGAAGUGUUGAAGGUUUCCUUCCAUCGCGGAUCACGUGGACUAAAGUUUUUGAUCAAAGCAGCAGAAAUGGAACAGGAACAACUCUGCGGAAAACCACAAUCAAUGACUUGCUCUAUUACAAAGAAGAAAGAGGAACUGCCACUCUCUCUAUCUUUAAUGUCACAGCAGAGCUCAGGGCUCUUGUUUCAAGGGCUUUGUCCCCCAACUUUUUCUUAGUACAUUAAAUCGUAUGGGCUGGACUGAUGAAGAGGAGUUUCUACUAUUUCAACAUGACUUAAGUGUCCUGUUAAGUGUUCAUAACUUGAUUUAUUUAAAUAGCUCUUCUAAAAACAACGUUACAAAGUGCUCCCGAUAUAACAUAUAUAGUAACAACACAUCAAAAUAUGAAGAUACAUUUAAUAACAAUUAAAAAUGUCUCGUAAUUCACCUGGUCUUGAUGUGAAGGAAAAUGUGUUGUUGACACUGAGGGAAGAAAAACAAUAAAAUCAUAAUGUUCCUUCUUUGAAGAAGAUUCUGAGUGUUUCAGCUGCAGCUUUAUGUUUUAAACAAACAAAUCAGAAAAAAUCUUCCAUAAAAAAAAUUGUCAAUGCAGCAGAAAAAUCUUCUCAUGUAUUUUCUCAGUG